GCGUCCAGCCUGCCCAGUCGCAGGAACCGCUCGGCCGGGUCGGUCCGCUAUCUGCGCCGCGUCCGCCGUUGCCGGAGUUCAUCCGCUUCCCGCCCUCCCAGGUGCCGCCCUCGCUGCGGCGGGGCGAUGCCGCGAAGCCGGCAGCCGAAGGUCCGUUCCGGGAACCAGCCGUGCCCCGCGCCUUCCAUGGAGCCGGCGGGCGGCGGAGCCUGGGCCCACAGCCGCGCCGCCUUCGCCCGCCUGGAGCAGCUGCUGCGCUGCUCGCGCUGCACCCGUAUUCUGAGGGAGCCUGUGUGCUUAGGCGGAUGCGAGCACAUCUUUUGUAGUGGUUGUGUAAGUGACUGCGUUGGAACCAGAUGUCCAGUAUGUUCCACCCCCGCCUGGGUCAUAGACAUCAAGAUAAACAGACAGUUGGACAGCAUGAUUCAGCUUUGUAGUAAGCUUCGAAAUUUGCUGUAUGGCAAUAACUUUUCAGAUUUGGAAGAUGAUACAUCUAGGACAGAUUUAUUUAAUGAUGAAGAAAAUAAGAAAAAUUCAAUAAAAAUGUGGUUUAGUCCUCGAAGUAAGAAGGUCAGGUAUGUUGUGAGGAAAAUUUCUGUGCAAACCCAACCUCAGAAGACAAAAGAUGAAAAUGCUGAACAAGCCUCAGUGUAUGACUUUGUUUCUGCAACUCCUCCUACAGUUGUUUCUAAGAGUACUAUAAAAGCUUCUAAAACAUCUGCAAAGAAACGCAAAAAGAAAACUUUAGCUGAAAUUAAUCAAGAAUGGAAUUUAGUCACAGAGAGGGAAGGUGAUGAACUUGACCCCAAAGACGAAUUUAAGGAAAAGCAGGUAUCCUUCUGUAGCCAGCCAGCCAUUAUUGGUAGUCCGCAGGUAAAUGGUGAAGUAGACUUACUAGCAAGUGGCUCAGUAACAGAAUCUGAAAGUUGUGCAAGCUUCAUUGAAGCCUUUCUACCAUUGGCUGAGCAUAUAGAAUCUCCAGACAGUGACCACAAGAAUGAAGUGACUCCUGAGAAAGUCUGUGAAAAUGAUCUUACUUCUGAGAUAUCUUUGCCAUUAGGUCGUAGUGGAAAACGUGGACCAUGCAGCAGACUUUCUCAGUCCGUUUCUAAGAAGUGCAGAAGCAGUAUUCCAAGCACCAGUGAAGAUGUUGGGCAAACAGUGCUCUCAGAAAACAUGUCAUUGCUUGACUGUUCACCACCAGCUUCGAGCAAACUUAAGGCUGGUGACACAUUAAGGAAGGAAAAUGAUGAUGUAUCAGAUGACUCCGCUAGUCUGUCACCAUGUACGCUACCUUCUACACUGAAUAGUUCCAGUUAUAGGAGACUGAUGUCAAGUCCCUCAGCAGUGAAAUUGUCCCAGCCUGACUUCAUGGCCAGGAAAAGAAAUCAUAGAGGAGAGACUUUACUUCAUAUUGCUUCUAUAAAGGGUGAUGUGCCAUCUGUUGAAUACCUCUUGCAAAAUGGAAGUGACCCAAAUGUUAAGGACAAUGCUGGAUGGACACCAUUGCACGAAGCCUGCAAUCAUGGGCACCUGAAGGUGGUAGAAUUGCUGCUGCGGCAUAAGGCCUUGGUGAACACUACUGGCUACCAGAACGACUCACCACUGCAUGACGCAGCCAGGAAUGGGCACCUGGCUAUAGUGAAGUUCUUACUGUCCUGUGGAGCCUCCCGGAACGCUGUUAACAUAUUUGGUCUGCGGCCUGUGGAUUGUGCAGACAAUGAAAAUAUCAAGUCAUUAUUGCUGCUCCCAGAGAAGAAUGAAUCAUCCUCAACUAGCCCUUGUGCAGUAGUGAAUGCCGGGCAGCGUAGAGAUGGACCUCUUGUGCUUAUAGGCAGUGGGCUUUCUUCGGAACAACAGAAAAUGCUUGCAGAGCUGGCAGCAAUGCUUAAAGCUAAAAAAUGCACUGAGUUUGACAGUACUGUAACUCAUGUCAUUAUUCCUGGUGAUAAAGCUCAGAGUACCCUCAAGUGCAUGCUCGGGAUUCUCAAUGGAUGUUGGGUCCUGAAGUUUGACUGGGUAAAAUCAUGCCUACAAAGGAAGGUCUGUGACCAGGAAGAAGACUAUGAAGUGCCUGAAGGUCCACAGAGAGGCAGGCUCAACAGAGAACAGCUGUUGCCUAAACUGUUUGAUGGCUGUUACUUCUAUUUCGGGGGAACCUUCAAACAUCAUCCAAAAGACAACCUCAUUAGGCUCGUGGCUGCAGCGGGGGGCCAGGUCCUCAGUAGAAAGCCCAAGCCAGACAGUGACGUGACUCAGACCAUCAAUACAGUCGCAUACCACGCCCGCCCCGAUUCUGAUCAGCGCUUCUGCACACAGUACAUCAUCUAUGAAGAUUUAUCUAAUUGUCGCCCUGAAAAGGUUCGGCAGGGGAAAGUCUGGAUGGCGUCUUCAAGCUGGUUCAUAAACUCUGUGAUGUCCUUCACGUUGCUUCCUCUUGACAGCUGAAUUUUAUGCCAGAUGAACAUUUCAUAUUGUCCUUGCAUAGUUUAUGAGAUUGAGCUAUUGCAGUUUGUUACUCAUAUUUUUACAGAUGGAUAGAGUCAUUCACUUUUGUUUCUUAUUAAAAACAAACUUAUGCCAAAGUAGGAAUUCAUUUUGUAUUUGUCAUUUAGGUGCUGGGACUGCUUUAAAGAGUCUUUCUAUUGGGGUUGGGGAUACGGCUCGGGGAGUUGCCUGCCAGGCGUGUGCACUGUCUUGGGCUUGAUCCCCCACAUUACAAAAAUGAGUUAUUUCCUUUUAAACUGAUCUUUGUUUAUUUCAUCAUGUCUUUCUAGUAUAAUUAUCAACUAGCAGAGAUUAAUGAGAGGCUAUCAGAACUGUUGGUUAAAUCUGUGAAUGAUACUGUUACUCUAUCAACCUUUUAAUGUUCUCUGAUAAAAUCCACACCUGCCACCAGCACCAGUACUUUCUAUCCUUUAAUAAAGAGAAUAUUGUCAAAUUAUUAUUCUGCCUUUACUGUAAUGAGAAGAGUACUUGAUCUACAUGUGACACUAUAGGUGUUAAAUUUUCCUUUCUGCACUUGUGUACAUUUUACAUUGUUUUUAAUUUUUUACAAUUUUCUUGGUGUGUUUGACUUUUAUCCCUUUAAAAAAAAAUCUUGUAUAUUCAUUAAGAAAUCAUGAUUUGAACUAUAAUAUUAUUUGGGUUUUGGCAGUGCAAAUCAGUAGUAGGCUCAAGGUACAUAGUUUUUUAUUGUGUACAUUUUGUUUAUUGUUAACUAUUAAUAUAUAGCUGUUUCUUUACUGUGUAUGUAUACCUGUUGUUUCUGUGGAAAAUCAGUAUAGGCAUUUCUCAUAAAGUCUUACUAGAAAAUUGUCAAUCAAAUGUCAGUAAUUAGAUUAGAAGCAGUUUGGUAGAUCUUGUGAGGGAUGGAGCUAGGACCGCACCCGUCCUAACGCUAAGCGUGUGCUCUGCUUAGCUGCACCCUACCCGCCUUAAGUUCUUCAUAAAGUUUUCAGGUUGGCAUGUAGGCAGCAGCUGGAGAUUACUUGAUUUGCGACAAGAUUUUUCCUAGGUUAUGCAGAAAGCCUUAACCGUAAAUGUAGAGGGAGGACUCGCUCCUGAUGGCACAGUCAGGGCUGAGUGGCGGACAGUGCUCCUCCUGGGAAUGGCCCACGCUGAGGAACUUGCUUUGUCCCUAAUGUUCAUACUCUGAAUCAACAGGGGUGGGCUAGAAGCAGAGUUCUUUAAUAAGUUUCUAGAAAACAAAUAUGUCUGUGUAUUAUAAGCUUGAGGAAGGAGGUACUGUGAGACCUCUCUCUUGAGCCAAAGAGGAGUACAGUCUGAUAAUCAAUGGAAUAUCCCCAGUUUUAAAAUACUAUGCAGUUCAUUUUAGGAUCUGCUUAUUUGAUUGUUUCAGAUUGUGGUGAUCAUUUUAAAAUACCUUUUAUAUGAAUUCCUUUUUGGCAUACUACUUUAUCAACAAGUACUAGUGAACAAAAUAUUUUUUCUUUGUUGACCAAGGGCAAAUUAGGUCUGCAGUUUCCUCGAGGACUAUUACUGUGUUCACUCCACCUUUUGUGCUGAUAGAGAAUGGUGGCUGCCGCUGCACCAAAUGCUUUUGAGGAGUUAGAUAAUGUCUGGAUUAAAUUAAAUGGAGACCAUGGGAUUUUGUCACUUUUGUUGCAUGACGGACUUUAGGUCCCUUUUUGUGGCCUUCUAGGUCAUGAUCCUAGACAAGUUUGUGUCUUUUCCUUUCAAUUGAAUUCUAAUGUAUAAAAACACGUUUGAGGUUUCCUGCUCACACUUUUUUGUUCAAUUUCUUAGUGUGUCCUCCCUGUGUUUUUCUUUUUUCCCCCUCACUGUUCUUUCUUUGUCUGGCAGCAGUUAGUUUACUUAAGCUCUUGAAACUUAAAGUUGUACAUAGUGUGUAAAAGUGCUGUACUUCAUUUUUCAAUCACAGAGCCAAGCAUCCUUUUUGUUUACCAGAAAUCAUUAAAGUUACUUGUAUUUUCAUGGAUCUGUAUCUUUAUAAAAGUGAAUUAUUAUGUGUAUUGAAGAUUUAGAUUUAGCCUGACUUGUGAGGAGAUGUUUUUUACUUUCUUAUUGAACAUUAACACUUUUUAACUAACUUUGAGUAGAAAUACUUUUAAAGUAUAUUAGUUGCUAUAUUACAUUAAAUAAAUUAUCCUGGAGGCUGAGGAGAUAGCUCGGCAGUCUGAGCACCUGACUGGCAAGUGCAAGGACCUGAGUUUGGUCCCCAGUACCACAUGCCAUGCCAGCCCCAGAACCCCAGGCAUGUCAAGUUGGCUACCGAAACGGCCAGGGUGUGCACACAUGUAAUCCCAGCACUGGGGAGGCUGAGACAGGAGGAUCACUAUGAGUCCAAGCUGCAUAGCAAAACUAUGUACCAAAUAAAUAAAAGAAUUAAAAUACGUACAUCAAUUAUUCUGAACAUGGUGUAUCUUUAAUAGUUUGGAAUCAUCAGCAUUAGUUACACAGAUUGUCUUUAAGUCAUGUGCUGGGUAGAGUUUUCCACUUCGUGUCAUGUGGCUGUUUACCAGGCGGGCCUGUAUUGGUAGCUUUUUUUCCUUUCUCCUAACUGCCACUGCUCUGUGACUUUGAGACUGUUCAUUUGUCUACCAAUACUUGCUAAAAAAUGGAAACUAGGCAAGAAAUUAGAUUUAUGACUGAAGGAUGGACGAGGUUGUGAGGGUUUCAGUGACUUGCCUGAGGUUGAUAUAUAAAUUUUAGUAGACAUCGUUUACCAUUUACGUCACGUGUCAGUUUCCUUUUCAUUCUUACCUGCGAAUUUAGCAGCUAGAUGCCCUGUGUCCAGAUGAAGAUUAUGUUUUGAGAGGGUGGGGAGGGACAGGGGGUGUCACAUCAGGUUCUUACUCUGAUGCAUAUAGAAAAGGUUAUUUUAAAAGAUUAUGUACUGCAGUACAGUCAUACAUGUCUUCUGUUCUCUAAGAAAAUAUGCUAAAGUGGUUUGAAAUAAUAACUAAAAGACACUUUUGUUUGAAGUUGGAUUCUGAACUUACUGAGUAUAUGUCAACCCCUUUAAAAUAUACACACAUUACUUAAUAAAGGAGUAAGUUCAGUUGA